CCGUCGUAGCUCUGUCGCUAUCGCCCGGACAAGCCGGGGCAGAGCUGAAAGAAAGACGGGAGCUCAACGAUGGAGCAUUAACGUCAGGCAACGGCGAGCUCCUCCGUUGAACAAAACCAGCUGAGCGUCCGUCCCCUACAUGACCAAAGACACGAGGAACUCCAGCGGAACAACCAUGCAAUUCAAAUACAGACGGAUUUGAGCGACUGCUUCUUCUUCAAGGUUACGACACUUGAAGACGCCCCGUCGCAGAUCAGCUGGCGUCCGUUGGUUGAUGGUCGCCGGUCAUGUCCAUGGGGGACCAGUGCUACCCCGACGCUGCCCUGCUCCGGGAGGCUGCGCCGGAGUGGAUGCGGGCCGAGAUCGAGCGUCUCUCCCGGGAGCUGAGUGAAACCACCAACGAGAAGAUCCAGGCAGCGGAGUACGGGCUGGUGGUGCUGGAGGAGAAGCAGCAGCUCAAACAGCAGUACGAUGACCUGGAGAUCGACUACGAGGCCGUCCGGCAGGAGCUGGACCAGCUCAAAGAGGCCUUUGGACAAGCCUACUCCAACCACAGGAAGGUGGCAGCCGAUGGCGAGAGCCGCGAGGAGUCCCUCAUCCAGGAGUCGGCCUGUAAGGAGGCCUACUACGAGCAGAGGGUCCUGGAGCUGCAGACCGAGCUCCGCCAGGCGCGCAACAUGCUCACCAACACCCAGUCGGAGAACGAACGGCUCAACACCAUCUUCCAAGACCUGGGAGAGAACAGCCAGAUGGUGGAGCUCCAGAGGAAUCAGCUGCGGGAUGACAUCAAGGAGUACAAGUUCCGCGAGGCGCGUCUGCUGCAGGACUACACGGAGCUGGAGGAGGAGAACAUCUCGCUGCAGAAGCAGGUGUCCAUGCUGAAGCAGAGCCAGGUGGAGUUUGAGGGCUUGAAGCACGAGAUCCGCCGUCUGGAGGAGGACACUCAGUUCAUGAACAGCCAGCUGGAGGACGCCGUCCGCCUGAAGGAGAUCUCUGAGCGCCAGCUCGCCGAGGCCCUGGAGACCAUCAAGACCGAGCGCGAGCUGAAGGCUUCUCUGAGGAAAGAGCUGUCCCACUACAUGAACAUUGGAGACUCUCUGUACCACAGCCCACUGAGCAUCUCCCUGGAUGGCCUGAAGUUCAGCGACGAUGCCACCACCGAGCCCAACAACGACGAGGCCGUGCACGGAUACGAGAGCUUCACCAAACUGGCCAUCGCCUUCUCUGAGGACAACCGCAUCCCCACAGACAAGAAGGAGGAGCUGUUCCGUCCCGCUCCCAGUCUGGUCGACGACCUGCUGAGUGAGCUCAACAUCUCCGAGAUCCAGAAGCUCAAACAGCAGCUGAUGCAGAUGGAGCGUGAGAAGGUCAACUUGCUGUCCAACCUCCAGGACUCCCAGAAACAGCUGGAGCAGGCCAACGGGGCUCUGUCAGAGCACCAGGAGAAGGUGAGCCGCCUCACGGAGAACCUCAACGCUAUCCGCAAGCUCCAGGCCAGCAAGGAGCGCCAGUCCGCCCUGGACAACGAGAAGGAGCGAGACAGCCACGAGGACGGAGACUACUACGAGGUGGACAUCAACGGGCCCGAGAUCCUGGAGUGCAAGUACAAGGUCGCUGUGUCUGAGGCAGGAGAGCUGAAGGAGGAGCUGAAGACUCUGAGAGCUGAGUACCAGUCGUGUCAGUCGCGCUACGAAGACGAGCGCGCCCGUCUGGAGAACGAUGUCACCACGCUGGGAGAGAAGCUGGCCACUCUGGAGAAGACGAGUCAGGCCGAGCGGGAGGACAAGGCUCAGCUGGAGAAGGAGCUGCGCAAGCUGAGCGACGUGGCCGGCGAGUCGCAGGGCAGCCUCAGCGUGGCCCAGGACGAGCUGGUCACCUUCAGCGAGGAGCUGGCCACGCUCUACAACCACGUCUGCAUGUGCAACAACGAGACGCCCAACCGCGUCAUGCUCGACUUCUACAAGGAGGGGAAGGGCGGCCGCAGCAGCCCCGAGGGCCGCGGCCGGCGCUCCCCCAUCCUGCUCACCAAGGGCCUGUUCCCCGACGGCGACGGCGCUCCGUCCCCCGGCUCCUCGCUGCCGUCGCCCGUGUGCGACCACCGCCGCGAGCCCAUGAACAUCUACAACCUGGUGGCCAUCAUCCGGGACCAGAUCAAGCACCUGCAGCUGGCCGUGGACCGCACCACCGAGCUGUCCCGCCAGCGGGUGGCGUCUCUGGAGCUGGGCGCGGUGGCCGACAAGGACAAGGAGGCCUGCAUGGAGGAGAUCCUCAAGCUGAAGUCCCUGCUGAGCACCAAGAGGGAGCAGAUCGCAACUCUGAGGACGGUCCUCAAGGCCAACAAGCAGACGGCUGAGGUGGCUCUGGCCAACCUGAAGAGCAAGUACGAGAACGAGAAGGCCAUGGUGACGGAGACCAUGAUGAAGCUGAGGAACGAGCUCAAGGCGCUGAAGGAGGACGCCGCCACCUUCUCCUCCCUGCGCGCUAUGUUUGCCACACGCUGUGACGAGUACGUGACCCAGCUGGAUGAGAUGCAGAGGCAGCUGGCUGCAGCGGAGGAUGAGAAGAAGACCCUGAACUCCCUGCUGCGCAUGGCCAUCCAGCAGAAGCUGGCCCUGACUCAGCGUCUGGAGGACCUGGAGUUCGACCACGAGCAGACCCGGCGGGGCGGCUCCAACCGGGCCAAGGCCCGCAACAAGGCCGCCGGCGCCACAAGCGGCGGCACCCACGUAAGUCAGAGUGUGGCCUGCUCUGGCUCCAGUCGACCCGAGCACACCAGCGCCGCGCCCAGCGGCAUUCUGGGAGGCCCCGUGGUCUUCUGCAGCGAGAAGUACAAGAUCUACUGCGACUGAGGCGGCUGGAGUCCGCUCGGGACUGCUGUGUACAGAGGGAGGAUGGGCCCGCGGGCCGGAUCCUCUCUGCCCCACUCGCUCGCUUCCCGGCGGCCUGCGCUCCUGUAGGGACUGCUGUGUGACUAACUGGCUGCUCGUGUGUGCUAGUGUAAAGCUUAGGGGAAUGCAGAUGUGUACAGUGGCACUAGACCUCUGGACUGUAGUAGACAUUUAUGGCAUGUGGAUUAUUGGGCCCCGGUUAUAUUGGGGGUUUUGUGGAUAUUAUGGAGUGUCUAUUCUUUCCUCCGUCGUAGUGCUGUACGUCUGAUGUAACAGGUGGCAGCUUCUGUGCUUGUUGUUCUGCCCCGAGUGUAUCGCCUGGUAACAGUAACGCGUUGUGUGGGUGGGACUUGUUGAAAGGAUGUCAGUCUGAAGGCGACAUCCGCUGCUCUGUCGGCAUCGGUGCUCCUUUAAAAAGCCCCUUCUGUCCUGCGCCUCCGUCCUGCUCCCUCAGGACGACCUGCAUCCGCAGCCCACUCUUCAAUCAGGUGUCUCCUAAGUGUUUACAAGACGAAGCAACUAAUAUGCAAUCUCCCUGUGCCUGCGGGCCAGGGAGCACACUCCAACUCUGAGAAAUUCUAAAUCGUGGGCUGGUGCUUUUGCGGUGGGCAGAAAAGGAGCACCUGUGGCCACAGGUGUGCACUUCAGGAUCAUGUUAAAGCUGUGACGCUAGCACACCAAUACAGUCGACCUGAGUAGAAUCGCAUGGCUUCUGCAGAACCGCUUCUGAGCUUUUUAACUGUCUUUCUGUUGUGAGGUGUGGGCUGAUCUCAUGUUCUACAGGGCUCGACAUUGUCCAAGCAGGCGUUGUUAGUCCGUGUGACCCAUUAUGUCGGGGUGGAUUCUUCCAGAGCCAUGAUCUACGACAGAAAGUUUGACAAAUCGAUUCCAUGCCCAAAUGAAGUGCACUUCAGCAUCGGUGCCUCAGGAUCCUUCUCAAAAUUCUUUAAUUACUGUGAACUCAGAUACAAUAUAGUUUUGAUCAAAGGUGAUUUUUAAAAAUGUGGAGCAAAAUCCUCCAAGAGCACAAAUCCAACGGCACCAAGAUCCGUAUAAUAAAUCAGACGAGCAAACGACCUCCUGGGCAAAGUGCCUGUCAGCUGGACCUUUGCUGCUUAACUGUUGGUGUGAAGCCUGUCCCCGUCUCAUCGCGAGCUCUUCCUUCUCCCUCCUUCUGAGGCAUCGCUCACAGUGCUCCGUGCCCCUUCCUGUCACUCAUCAGUGUCACCCCGUUACCAUAGCAACCGCCUCUCCUGUAGCCUGCUCCCCCAGCAUCACCUCUCACCCUUUACCCAAUGAGGACUUGUGGGCUACAUGGCCCCUGAAUCUUUCCUUCAGGUACUGUCCUCACGUGUGGUUUGUGUGCGUACACCAGCGUUGACGUGACAGACCCUCAUGUGCGCGUUUUGUCUUUAGCCUUUACAAAUGGAGGGUCGUCUUUUUUUACUCUGUGUUUGGUGCGUGAGGACUAAGUGACGUACUGUUUAAUACCCACAAUAGCUUUAACCCUUGCAAGCUAGCAUAACGCAAAUAGUAAAAAGAUGAGUGGGGCUAGUGUUUAAUAAAUCCAUGUAUCGCUUGUGGAUCAUAGACACAUUAGCUUUCCGAUGCUAAAAGCAGGGUUGAUGUGAGGAAAUCCUGCAAGAUGUCUCAAAUUACGCGUUUUCUACUAAUAAGCUAUAUAUAAUACUCUAUAUUCUUAAUAUGAUCGUAUUCAGGUUUUAAUCUUGCAGGAUCCUGUUACAGUAUUCUUUCCUCUCCAAUAUGACGAGAGGGAGCACAAGCAGUCAACCCUGCUUGAAUGUGCAUCCGUGAGAGACGGCACAGCGCGCAAACGAAGCAGCCUCCUCAGAGGUCCAUCACUUUUACUUUCCAGCUUCAGUUUCUGUUUCUGUCUGUUGCGCUGAUGGAGAAGAGGUUUGAGGAGUAGACGGAACCAGAGAUGAGGACGCUGGUGAUGCUGCAUCUGCCUGAGAGCUGACUCUGACACUGUGGAGGAGCUUAAAUCAGCUUAAAUCAGGAUGAAUAGACCGUCUCCCUACAGUAGUUAGAGGAGUUCCUGCUCCAUCCUCCUACCUCCGCCUGCAGGCUCCUCCCACUUCACCCUUCAUUUCUACACAUGGACGCUCACCUUUGUGAUUUCCAUGAGCCUGCAUGUCAUCGUAACCAUAACUCAUUAACUGGCAUGGCGCUCGAUAACCUGUCUCCUGUGACUGGCUGCGGGUUCAACCUGUGAGUUAAUGGCUUCUAACGGCACCUGCGGCAGAACAGCGUGCUUCUACAUCAGCUGCUUGGAGUCGUAACACACGCCUCUGCUUUUACUAACGGAAGCCGCCGCGUGUCCUGUCUCAACCAGUAACGCUAAUGAUGUCUGUUUCUCCAUUUUGCAGUAAAGUACAGUAGCUCUGCACGGAGGAGGCAGUGCCAAGACGAGGUCCGUGCUCAGCUGAUUGGCUUAGAACUGCCAGCACACAAAACGCAGCAAAAGCCAAAAUGGAAACCAUGACUGUUAAAGUCAAAUCAACUGUUCUUCCUAAACUAACUAGAAACUAAAAUGUGACAAACUGCUGCUGGAAGCCAAUUUCUCACAGGUUCAAUGAACAGAUUAAACAUCCACACAGAGCUUCUGAUUGGCUGAUCAGCGUCCAAUGAGAAGCCAGGAGACAAGAAAUCGUUUCAGUGUAAAUCAACAACCUGUUCUGGUUUUAUCAUAGGUUUUGAUUUUUAUUUGUUUUAGUUUCUCUUUUUUAAUCUGUGCACUUUCAUUAUAUAGGAUUCUAACGUCUGUGAGUAGCUUCUAGCUCUAUAGGAUUAUUAUAAACCACAGACCCACUAACAUGACUUCGUCCUCAUGGUUUGAUGCAUUAUCCACGUGUUUUGUUAUAUUUGCGUCAUAUGUUAUGUUGUUGGUUCCUUUUAUGUUCGUUCUACUGCCAUGUUCUAAAAAUCCAGGGUGAUCAGAUUCUGGGGUUUUUCAUGUAUUUAUUAUUCCUAGGAAUAGUUCGAAAUAACAAAAUGAAACUUGACAACGCUCUGACACAAAUAGGUAAGUUGUGUUUUUGGAACUUUUUGAGGGGUUGAGCUUCUCCAAGCUUCUUACCGAGGGCGUUCCACUGAAACCGGAUCACUGACCCUCAGAAUUCUCUGCAAGUGCGACCAUUAAAUUCCAAAUUGGAAUUGUUUCAUUCUCUCUUGGUUUAUUGUGCCAAAUCUUGGUACACUGUUAUGGUUGAAAAGAAUCAGGACUUGCUGGGGUUUUGCUUUGGGUUCGUUUCGCUCUUUGUUUCUGACCAGUAGUGCCUUUCAUUGUUUCAAGGGAGAAUCUUAGACUAGUGUUCCAUGUUUUCUCAUUAUAGGUGAGGACUUUGGGUUCAAAAUAACUGUGAGCAGCAAUAAGUGCAGAGGGAACUUCGCCCUUUUUGUGAAUGAGAUGAUAGUUUUGAAAUUAGCUCAAUAUAAGUGACAUUGCAUUGAAUUGUGCCGGUCAGUGAUCCACUCAAUAAAUUCAGGGGUAUAAAGAUAAGGUUGUUUUUUUAGCAAACUUUGGGAACCUGAAUAAUCCCUUUGGCCUCCUGUUAUUGAACAACAUGCUCCAAGCAUCUGUCAAUGUGUUGGGGUGGACCAGUGUACUUUUGGAAACAUCGACGUGUCUCUAGCUUUGUUUGGUGAAGGUGAUGUGAUAUCAAUAGUAUUUUUGACAAAUGUGCAGAGAGCGCAUUUAUCUUUUAUUUGUGUUUUUUUAUUAAAUCUUUUUUACACUAUCUUUGAGCGUCAUGUUUUCAGGAAACAGAAAACAAAUUGAGCAUCAACAAGCUUGAAUCGUGCCAUUACAGCCAACGCUGGUUUGUUGAGGCGUCAAAGUUACCAAUACGGACAAGAAGCUAAAGAAUAAAGUGCAAUUCAGAUACUGUUUUACAAAAGAGGUUUUCUGUUUGCUGGAAGCGAUAGCAUUGUGAUAAUGAACGUAGCUGUGCAAACUUUAUAUUGUCAUAUUGUGUUUCAGUAUUGAUCCAUAAUGAGAGUUUGAUAUCUUUAUAUGAAAUAACGACUUCACCUGUAUGUUGGUAUUUAUUUGAAUUGUCAUGCAGUACUGUAUUCUUCUCAAUAAUGUGCAUUAUGAUUAGUGGCAUAUUGAUUCAAGCUAAAUGUCAUAUGCAUGUUUCUCAGUUAUGGGACCUUUACACAGAAGUGAAAACAAACAAGUCAACUUUUAUCAGGGUGUUAAAAAAUAGGGGGAAUUGGAGAAAACGAGUCAAGUCUGAUGUAUUACUGCUGAACUAAUGAGUGUUUUUGUUUGUUUUCUAGGAAGGUGGUUUGUCUGUGUAAAGGUAGUCAUGCUGGCUAAAAUUAAUAAAUGUGACUUCAGUUGCGA